AUGGCUUCCCGCAUUGUUCUCUCAUCUACCCCCAUUGCCCGCGGCGCCUUCGUCGUCGGCAGGCAGACUGCCACCCUUGGACGCGGCUUCAGCAUCUCGACGACGAGCAAGGUUGGCUUGAAGGAGUCUUCAGGACACGCCGACAGCGAUACGCAUGAGAAGCACAAGCAGGACUCCCUUUCCAAGCAGAAGGAGGGCAAGGGCCACUGGAAGUCGGAGCUCGCGUCAGACAGCGAGGAGGCCAUCAAGGCGGACCGCCAUGUCGGCUCCGACCCCAAGGAGCUGCAGGAGAAGACCAAGGGCCACGCCGAGGAGAAGCACAAGGCCGGCACGAGCAUGAACGACAGCCACUAG